GACGCGAAGCCGGGUGCCUCUCUGAGGACGGCGAGCAGCUGUGCCGCUAGCACUGCGAAAAGUCCCCAUUUGCUUCUUAUAAAUUAGUGUGCCUUGUCACCAGUUAGGGCAAGUCAGCCAAGGUGUUGUGAAAUGAGCAGAGAAUAAAUUUUAUUUGAAGUAAGCAGAGAGGAGAAGCACAUCAUUUUGGCUACACCGCGUGUCUGGAACCCAAGAAGGAGGCUUGCGGGUAAACUGCUGAUGGAGUUAAAAUACUCUGAAGAGAAGUAACAGCCUCUGCCUGUUAACUUACAAAUCAACAGAAGAAUUGUGCAUUGCUAGACAAUAUAAAGCUAAAUGAGUACUUUUUUCAGCUAAAAAGGCAGUUGAUUUGAUUUGUCAAGUCAUUUGGAAAAGGAGGAGUGGAGAAGUGCCCUAUAACCACUGAAGAAUAGAAAAUGGCCGGCUGUGGAACUCUAUUGUGAAGACCUCGGAAGAAAUAUCAAUUUUUCCAGUCAGCUUUUCAUAAUGUAAAUAUAAUUUGAGCUUUCCCAAAUGGGCAGCUAAACAAUGAACAAGAGGAAAACCCCAAUUUGGACUGUAUUUCUGAACCAGGCUUCACCUUCUGUCUCGGGAAUUUAUUAAAGGAUUACAGCUGAAAAAGACAAGAGAAAGAAAACCUUGAACAGGAAGCUUGUCCUACAAUGAGAAUUACAUCUUGUAUCUGCCCAGUCCUAGUUUGUCUCUGUUUUGUGCAGAGGUCUUAUGGAGCUGCUCACCAUGGCUCCAUCAAGGUGACUAGAAAUCAAACCAAACACAUAGAAGGCGAAACAGAAGUGCAUCAUCGUCCCAAGCGUGGAUGGGUGUGGAAUCAGUUCUUUGUUUUAGAAGAACAUAUGGGACCAGAUCCUCAGUAUGUAGGAAAGCUGCAUUCAAACUCCGACAAAGGUGAUGGAUCAGUCAAAUACAUUCUCACUGGAGAAGGGGCAGGGACUAUAUUUAUUAUUGAUGACACGACUGGAGACAUCCAUUCAACCAAAAGCCUAGAUCGAGAGCAGAAGACACACUAUGUGCUUCAUGCCCAAGCUAUUGAUAGACGGACAAACAAGCCACUUGAGCCUGAAUCUGAAUUUAUUAUCAAAGUGCAGGAUAUCAACGACAAUGCACCAAAAUUUACAGAUGGACCAUACAUUGUCACUGUGCCAGAGAUGUCUGAAAUGGGUACAUCUGUUCUACAGGUGACAGCCACAGAUGCAGAUGAUCCCACAUAUGGAAACAGUGCCAGAGUAGUGUACAGUAUUCUUCAGGGACAGCCAUAUUUCUCAGUUGAUCCCAAAACAGGAGUCAUCAGGACUGCCUUGCACAACAUGGACAGGGAAGCCAGAGAGCAUUAUUCCGUUGUCAUUCAAGCCAAAGAUAUGGCUGGGCAGGUCGGAGGGCUGUCAGGGUCAACAACUGUAAAUAUCACACUCACUGAUGUCAACGACAAUCCACCCAGGUUUCCUCAGAAACAUUAUCAACUGUAUGUUCCUGAGUCAGCUCAAGUUGGAUCAGCAGUUGGCAAAAUCAAAGCAAAUGAUGCAGACACUGGUUCCAAUGCAGACAUGAAGUACACAAUUAUAAAUGGCGAUGGCUCUGGGGUAUUCUCCAUAUCUACUGACAAAGAAACAAGGGAAGGAAUUCUUUCCCUCAAGAAGCCUCUCAACUAUGAAAAAAAGAAAUCAUAUACUCUUAAUAUAGAAGGAGCAAAUACUCACCUUGAUUUCCGCUUUUCGCACUUGGGACCUUUCAAAGAUGUAACAAUGCUGAAGAUCAUCGUUGGCGAUGUGGAUGAACCUCCGCUCUUCACUAUGCCUUCCUAUGUCAUGGAAGUUUAUGAAAAUGCAAAGAUUGGGACUCCUGUUGGCACAGUAACGGCGCAAGAUCCUGAUGCUGCAAACAGUUUAGUGAGAUAUUUCAUUGAUCAUAACACAGAAGAAGAUAGGUAUUUCACCAUUGAUGCUAGUACUGGGACCAUUAAGACUGCCAAGAUCUUUGACAGAGAGGAGACACCUUGGUACAACAUCACAGUGGCUGCUUCUGAGAUAGACAAUCCUGGACUGGUGAGCCACGUUCCAGUUGGUGUUAGAAUACUGGAUGUCAAUGACAAUCCUCCAGAGCUUGCCAGAGAUUAUGAUGUAGUCGUCUGUGAAAAUGCAAAGCCUGGUCAGGUAAUUCAGACUAUCACUGCGACUGACAAAGAUAACUCUGCAAAUGGAGCGAGAUUCCAUUUUUCUCUUGAUGAAGGGCUUUCUUUGAAUCCCAACUUUACUCUAAGGAACAAUGAAGAUAAUACGGCCAGUAUCCUGACAAGACGAAGGAGAUACAGUCGAACCACUCAAGACACCUAUUACCUCCCAGUUUUGAUUUCCGAUGGUGGAGUGCCCCCUCUCAGCAGCAGUAGUACCCUCACCAUUCGGGUUUGUGCAUGUGAGAGAGAUGGACGAGUGAGAACUUGCCAUGCUGAAGCUUUCCUCUCCUCGGCUGGCUUGAGCACAGGAGCUUUAAUCGCAAUCCUGCUCUGUAUUGUAAUUCUUCUUGUUUUCUCUUUAGCAAUUGUGGUCCUUUUCAUCACCUUAAGACGUAGCAAGAAGGAGCCCUUGAUCAUCUCAGAAGAAGACGUCCGGGAAAAUGUUGUGACAUAUGAUGAUGAGGGUGGUGGAGAGGAAGACACAGAAGCAUUUGACAUCACUGCACUGCGGAAUCCAUCUGCUGCUGAAGAGCUAAAAUACCGGAGGGAUGUUCGUCCUGAAGCGAAGCCUGUGUCCAGACAUCAUCUCUCCUCAAGCCUUGACAGUAUAGAUGUUCAGGAGUUCAUUAAACAAAGACUGGCAGAGGCUGAUCUGGACCCCAGUGUGCCACCAUAUGACUCCCUGCAGACAUAUGCCUAUGAGGGUCAUAGAUCAGAAGCUGGAUCUAUCAGCUCUCUGGAUUCAGCCACAACACACUCUGACCAGGAUUAUAAUUACCUUGGAGACUGGGGACCUGAGUUCAAGAAGCUAGCUGAACUCUAUGGGGAAAUAGAAUCAGAAAGAACAACUUAGUUGUAAUUCCCAAAACAGAGAAGUUCCUGAACAACUGGACAUAUAAUGACAGCAACGGUAACAAAAAAAAAGUGAACACAGUACUUGGAACUAAGUUAUGUGCAGUUACUGUAGAACAAGUGCCCUUUUCAUAUUUGAAACUGGGUUCUCCAAUUGGAAGAAAAUCAAAUUUUGAAAAAUACAGAAAAAAGAAUAUAUUGUCCCUUGUGUCUUUUUUUUAAUUGCUCAAUAAAGUCUGUGGUACCGUAUCUGCAACAAUACCUACAGUAAAGACAAGCAAUGACAUUUUUAUUUCAAUAUGCGUAACAUCUCCAAGCUACAGUAAGUUUAUGGUCAUGUCUGUUUAAGAAGAUAGGUAAUGGAGGAGCUAAUCUCUUGCAGGUGGUUAUAAUGUUGCUUUUCUAGCUGUGCUCUAGGCCUUGUGAUCUCAAUGUGAGGUAGCCAUGGGGGCUUACUAUCAGUGUGAGAAGUGCUACCAGUCUGUUUCCUUUACAGAGGUGAUACGCUACACCUGUCCUCUUAAAUAAAUGGUCCUUUGAUGAUUUAAUCUUAUUGAAUUAGCAGGUUGCAUUGAGAAGCUGCCAUUUCAUAAUGUCCUUCAUAAUCUUGUCAUCCAUAACCAGCUAACAGAUGGAGGGCAUCCUUAGCUGUUGCUCAAACACGGCUGUAAACCCAGACCUGCUCUGUUGCUACUGCGUGCUGAAGGAACUGUUAUUUACAGUGUUGUGCUUUUUCUUUUCAUCUUUUCAUGGAAACAUCAUUCAUUUAAAUAGAAUGAGCCCAAAGUAGUCUUUAUGCAGCGAAGCAGAUGAAGUGUAGGCUCUUUCAAUAAAAACAAUGGCAGCACCAUUAAACUAUGCAGUUGUUUGGUUCACUGUGCUUCACUUAAGAGCUGAAGCUUUUUAAGUCUUUUGCUGGUCUGAGUCCAGGAGCUACAGCACUCAGUUUAAAACAGAGAGUUCUUAAUCAUAAUGUCUUUCUAUUUCUGUGUCUGACUAAAAGCAAAAUCGAGCUGCUGUUAGGUCACUGGGAUAGUGAAAAUUGAAACAAAGAGAAUAAGAUGAUGCUGUUCUUUUUCUUUUUAGUUCAAUCUACUAAUAUUUCUUACGCUUAAUUUCCACCUAAGCAGAACAAGCGUUUUUCCCCCUAUUUCAAGCAUCAUGGGAGCAGGUACAUUUUAAGUCAGUGGAAGAAAUGUAUCAUUAUUGUGGUUUAUAUGGCUUAAAUAAGUUGAUUUCUUAUGUUUGUAACUGUAUUACAUUGCAGAUCUGCUAAACAGUUCUGCUUAACACUGUGGGCUGCUUAACAACUCAUCCAGCAGAUUCUGAUUUUUCCUUUGUUUUAUUUGAAACUUUAACCUUUUUGUUUGUCUUUCUUGUGAUAAUACUGUGAGAGUACCAGGUACUCAAAAUAUUGCGUGAAAGAUUAUGGCCUAUAAGGCUCACAGUCUAUUACAGUCCUUUGCUUUUAAGAAAAUUGUAGUUCCACUUAGGGAAGUGGACUUCUUCCAGUACGCAUUUGAUAAGAAAGCUGUCCAGAGCAGAAGCUGUGUACUGUUUUUUUUACUCUGUGGUCUGGUGUGCAGAGUGAUACAGACUUGUAUGCUCCAGUAGAUUCCUUCCUCUGCAUUUUAGGUGCCACUUACAUUCAGCUUAGUAAAGCAAGGUCUACAUUUUUUGAUGACCUUCUGUGGGCCACACAAGUGAACAAGAUUAUUAAGCCUUCCCUUCUUUGCUCCAGGGUUGUGUAGGUCCUGGACGUGACUGAAACUUCUGAUCAGUUCUACUUUGAAGGGAUUUUUUUUUUUUUUGAGUGAACUUCUUCCUGAGAUGUAGUUGACUGCUUUUGGCUUAGACAGCCUUCUGGAAAAAUUAGCCAGUACCUUUGCAAGAAAUUUUCCAUACUCUAAAAAGUAUUAGUUGUACUGUAGUUCUAGAACUGGCUUUUACUACACUGUUCUGUUUGAAAAUUAUUUUCCUUUCUUUCAGCAUUUUAACCCAUGAGAAAAUUUAGGAGGGAAAAACCCCUGAACCAUAAAUGUUCUGCUGAUGAUUUGAAAGUAGUCUAAUAAUUUGUGUUCGGAUUUUUUUUUACUUUUUACUAAAUACAGAAUCUUCUAGAAAUGCAUUUAAAAAGACAUUAUUGCUGUAGAGUGAGGUUAAACAGAUGUUUUAAUGCAAUAAGCGUUGCACAGAAGCUGAGAAUGGCCUAUAUAUUAUCUUUUUUGGGGGUAGAGUUAGGAUAUGUUUCAGUUUUGUCCCAAAUGAAGAAACUAAUAGUGUUCGAUUUUAUUAGGAGGUUUUCUUUUGAUUUAGGUCACACUUGCAUUAUGCUAACAUCUAAAUUUUUAUAUUGUAUGAGUAGAGUGUUAAAAAGAAAAUCUUUUAGCAUUACUACUACCAUGGACUAUAAUACUUUGUACCACAUCUGCAUGAAAAUUGCAUUAAUUGUUGUAUUAUUGUUUUGAGAACCAGGUAUUAGUUAUCUUUAUGUCUGCUCCAUCUGGCCCUACACCAAAGCAGGGAAAAUCACUUGUAUUUUGUGUUUUAAACAGUGCUCCCACCAUUGUUUUCUUUUAUUUGCAUCAUAGAACAUUCAGGCUUAAAGGCAACAGAAGUGCAGUGACUUAAGCAAAUAUUCCCUCUUUGCACUAAUGUUCUGUUUAAGUUUAUAAUAUCUAAGAGAAAUAAGAAUCCCCUUUUCAUCAUUCCUGGUGCUCUCUUUGCUGCUAUACAGCAUGUGCAUCAUACCCCCAGACCCAGAAAUUCUGAGUCCUUUAAAUCUCUGCAGGGUUAUUGAGACGCUGCUUCUGUGAUGCUGCAGUGUGUUCUGUUUUAUGUCCUAUUCACAGUGAUCUCCAAAUGUGCUUUUCUAUCAUGAUAUGUCUGCAUGCUUGCUAUGCUUACUGUUUUUUACUCAAAUACACAUCACAGUGUCGUGUUGUUUGCAUGACAAAUAGCAGAUUAUUAAAUCUUCAGGGCCACAGAAAAAGGCCUCACAGUGCAGAAAGAACAGGUUUACAGAUUUUUUUAUCCCUAUCCUACAAUAUUUUCCUUUGGUCCUUUUUGUCCUAGAAAAAAAUUUAAACUAUAUUUGAGAAUAUGUUAACCUAGAUUGAAGUAGAAGAAGGUUAUACUGUUUACCAUGGACAUCACAAUCAUUUUGUAGCAUUGCUAAUUUGAAAAAAGUAUGCAUUCAGUUGAAGUAUUGUGGGAAACUCUUUCCUGGCUUAUGGAUGAGUUUGAUUAUAUAGACUUUGCCUAAAGCUUUCAUGGUUCUUUUGUGUACUCAUAUUCUCAAAUAUUUUCCUAUUUGCCUAAAUAGUAAUUCUGCUGCUGCAUAACAACUAAAUGAUGAAAACUGCCAGUUUUACUUAAAGUGGAAGAUACUGAGUGAAGUUAAAUGGCAAAUGCAAAGUGUUACUUAAGGGCUUUCCCAUUUACAAUUUGAUUUCUGCAACAGCUAUUCAACUACUAUUACAUUUGCACCAAAAUAAGUAAUCGUAUUCCUCCAAACAAACCCUCUUACUUGUAUGCUGAGGGCACUCUAUGCUGUAAUCUUGACAAGUCAUCUGAGAAAAUGGUCAAUAUAAGAAUUUUAAAAUGUGUAACUAUAUUGUCAAACUAAAAUCUGUCAAAAAUGUAGUUUAAUGCACUUUAAAUGCAAGGAAGAUCUUGGAUUCAACUGGCAUUAGAUUAAGAUUCAUAUAUUGAAAACAAAUUAACUUGUUUAUCAGUGUUACCUUUUAUUACAUAUACAUAGAACACUGUAAAAGUUGAAAGUAAUUUCACUAUGUUAUGCACUUUAUUUUUUUGCAUUCCUCUUAGAAAACCAAAAUAAUUGCAAACAUUUUUUGGGUUGAAUUCCAAUUGAUGCAGUUGUUUAAAUUGUGAAUACUGAAAGAAAAUAUCUAUAUGAAAGUAUUCUCAUUGGUAUUUAAAAGGAAUUAAAUAACUUCUGUCGUCUCAGGCUUUUUAAAAUCAACUUUUAGAAAUUCUAAGUAUUCCACCAGUCUGGAAUUAACCAAACUCAUAAACUCACACAAGGAUAACAAAGGGAAUAUUCUAAAUGCAAAGAAGAAUAUAAAAUUAUGCUGCCUAGGGUUAUUUUGUGUAUUAUAAACUGCUAAGACCUUGUACUUGCAGUACAUAUAAAUGGCAGAGUGCAUUCUAAGGAAAACUAGAAGUGUGUUGCAAGUUUUGGGCCAUCCUUAUUUUUCCAAAGUCUCCAAAAAUAUAUAUAUUUUUUUUAACAAAAGAGUUAUGUAAAGUAUACCUCCUUAUGCAAGUGUUACUGAUAGAAAUUGUUACAUUUUCUUUUAAUAAACAAAAGGGACAAAA